AAACUAACACACACAUUUCAACACGAAAACUCAUUCUGGACUGACAAACAAGCGCUUGGUUAAGGUGUCAGUCUCCGGUACAGAUACCCGCCAUCUCCACAAGAGGAAGAGCGUGUUGAUGAUGGAGAAGAGAAUGCUAGUUGCUAAAAAUCUGCCAGACUGUGCAGAAGACACUCUCAUCAACUUCCUGGAGGUCAUAUGUGACAAUGGAGUGGAAACGAUCGACUAUUUUGAUGACAGAAUCAAUCACAUUGCCCUUGUUACAAUGGAAGACGAAAUAGCAGCAAUGUCGUCAGAUGUCAGCAAGAGUCACGCCAAGGCUUCGAGGCGUAAACUGGACGGUCAUCAAGUAGACCUUGUCGAGGUUGGAGCGCCGGUCGGCUUGGUUGUGAAGGAGCUGCCAGAGCACGUCACGGAGGAGGAACUCAGGUCGUAUUUUGAGAGCAGCGAGUCGGGAGGAAGACACGGUGUGGUUGAACAGUGCAAGAUCUAUACAACAUGUCAUGCAGCAACAGUACUGAUCAAUGAGAGUGAUGUGUUACAGAGUAUCCUCGGGAAGGUAGAGCACGAUAUUGUCGGGAACGAACCCCCAGCAACAGUGUUUCCCUUCUAUCAAGAAUUCCACAAUGAGGUGCUGGGAUUUCUUGAUGGUCUUCAAGAACAACAAGGGCAGAUAACCCACGAUUGAACAUUCGGCGCAUUCUGUUCAGUUUCAUAACAUAUCUCGACCAGUGCUUAGGAACGUCCAUUCUAAAACUAGUUUUUGUGUUCGUGACCAACGAGUGUCGCAACACAACCAGUGGCAAACGUGGUAUAUAUGUGAACGUGAUAUUUUUUCAUCUCCCAAAAACGUAUGUAUUUGAUCAACAAAUGUUAUAUCAUUUAUGACCUUUUUUAGGGGUAUCAUGCAUCUCUCUCCAGAAUCUCCAAUGUCCAUUUCAUGUAUAAGCAUCUACACAUUCAUUCGUAAAAGGUACCAAGAUAAUUAAAUAUAGCAGGCUUAAAGGAGAACUUUGUCUGUACAACAUAUUUGUGUGUCCGUAACAUAAAUGGCAAAGAGUGAUUAUGGAACUUUGGUAAAGUAUAUCAACCUUGAACAUCUUUUCUAAAGACCUGUUGAUAAGUAGUUUUUAUCCGUUUAUAAACUAGUCUAGGGUUAUUAGUUUGUCAGCCGAUUACGAAACCCGUUCAGUCUGUCCACAUGGAACUUAACGUUUAUGUAAUGCUGUUACAGAUGGGCUUUGCCCUUUUUGGUAAUUAUGUGAAUUUAUUAGUUUUUGGUGUUUCAGUAAAUAGUCUAAGGUGGUAUCGAUUUUCAGAGUAUAAUAGUUGUAUUUCUUCGUGUAACUUUGCUACUAUUUAGUAAUGUCUUCUAGAAUAUGCGUAUAUAUCUGAUAUUUGAAUUCAGCUUCAGGGUUUUACAUGACGCAUGAUUCCUGCGUAUUUGACGCAACAAGUUUGUAAACAACUCUCAAAACAUUAUCAUACGAGUCAAACUUGACGCAAGUUUUAUGGGUGGCCAUCACAAUUUAGUUCAAUAAAAUCGAUUUGAUAAGCAAAAAAUGAUAUUGUUCGAUGAUAGUUUGACUUUUACAGAGCUGUCAGAUUGUUCCAGAGAGGAGACAGUAAUCCUGGCGAUUUGCAUUGAACAAUGCUGCAGUUUCAUUUGGUGACUCCACCUGUGACAUACACAGUUACAUACUGAGAAUGAUUAACACAAAGAAACAUUAAAUUUUCAUGACUCCCAAAUAUUGAAAAUGAGUCCCAAAAAGAAAUAUUGUGAGUCACCAUGACUACCAUUUUUAAAAGUCUGUGUAAAACCCUGCAGCUUUCAACGAUUGAUUACAUAUUUUAUGCCAUUCCAAUGCAAAACUGUAAACAAAUCUAUUGAUUAUUAUAUAUACUCAUGCCAAUAAUGGUUGUAACCCCCCUUCCCACCCCAACCCCACACAAACCUUACACCUUACACCUAAAAAAAAUUGAAGGGGGUGACAACCAUUAUUGGCAUGAGUAUAUUAACACUGUUCUACUGUGAAUAUUACUGCUGAACUUCUGUAAUUAUUGUAUCAGUUGUUUGUGCUGCAACACGUUCGGGAAUAAUUCAGAAGGAAUCCUUUUGAAACGUCUUGUGUGCCUGAUGCCUACAUUACUGCUAUGAACCAUUAUGUCUGUCAAUGCAAAAUGUACUAGCCACAGGUUCAGCCUGGCGGAAUAAGAAUCACUUCAAUUUUAAGUAGGGGUAUUAGGUGAUUUAGGAUGUAUUGUGACCUGCACAAAAUACAUAUUGACAACAAUAAUGAUGACGUUACAAGAAUUAUUCAUCUAUAUAGGUAUAAUUAGGUACCUUCCUUGACAGCGGCUUAAGGUAACAUCGAAACAUUGCUAUAAUACUAAAUUUAUACGUUUGUUAAUGAAAGAAACAUUGUAUCUACGGCUAAAACAUACAGAUCCCCAGAUAUUGUUUCUCAUGGAAACUUGCAGUGUAAUGCCUAUACCUUAGACUGCGUUUUUGGUGAGGGAUGGGGUUGCAAAUAAAUGUUUGUAUGAGAAAUGAACGUGUACACAUCAUUGAGGUCGGCUAUGUUAACCUCGGGUUUUAUAAAAAACAGAAGAAACGGCUUUGGUCCGGUAUACCUAAAAAAAUGUCUCCGGUCAUUACAUGUUCAAUCCCUUACUUGAAACAAUAAAAUCAAAUGUCGUUCAAUCUGCAUUUUACAUAUAAUCAGGCCGAUAGUUUAUUAUUAUUAUUAUUUAGUAGUCGUAGUAGUCGUAGUAGUAGUAGUAGUAGUAGUAGUAGUAGUAGUAGUGUGCAUAGCAAUAUCUAUUCCUAAUCGUGUUGAUGAAAAAUACACGUUUUUGUGUAGCCUCGUAGAUUCAACGAUUCCUUUUGACGUCGUUUUUGUCAAUAAAAUAUGUGUCAGUUAA